CUUUGCGUCUGUCAAACAACGAUAAAUGCUGUGAUAUGAUGUACUCGUAUUUGAUGUAGCAAUCGCUAACAGAACAAAACGGAACGACGCAACAAUGCGGCAAUCACACCUGCCCUUUUAUGUCGAAGUGCAAUAACAACACGCAUACAGAUGUGCUGAAGUGUGGAGUUUGCAUGGAGGGAUUCUUGGUAAUUUAUCAUAUACCCAUAGAAAUAUCAAUAUAUAUGCAUAAUAUAAUAUUCAUUUAGUUUGUUAAGUAUACGUGUUAUGUUCGUAUUGAAACGUAUGUUGUGCCUUUUAAGACAUUAUUUUCUAUAUGAUAAAAAUACAAAUAAUCACGUUUGACAAAAGGAUCGGUUCAGGCCGAAUGUACAAGGCAUUUAAAUUUCAGAAAGUCGAUUUCUCAUCAAUAAAUUCAUUUGGUAAUUUUCUCACUGCAUCAACACUGCAUUAAUACGGCCGGAAGCUUCAGAUGUGAAUGUGACUUAGGCUGGAAGGUGAGCGCUUGCACAAUUGACAUAAAUGAAUGUACCAAUACAAGUAUGUGUGGACUGCAUCAACACUGCAUGAAUACGGCCGAAAGCUUCAGAUGUGAAUGUGACCUAGGCUGGAAGGGGAGCGCUUGCGCCAUUGACAUAAAUGAAUGUAACAAUACAAGUAUGUGUGGACUGCAUCAACACUGCAUGAAAACGGCCGGAAGCUUCAGAUGUGACUGUGAUAUUGGCUGGGAGGGCGUCAACUGCAAAGAUACUGAUGAAUGCAUCAAUGCCAGCACAUGUGGGAAUAAUCAAAAUUGCGUGAAUACUGACGGAAGCUUCAGGUGUAACUGUGAAAUAGGCUGGAAGGGUGUUAGCUGCUCUAUUGCCAUUGAUGAAUGUACAAAUAAGAAUAUUUGCGGACCACAACAACAUUGCGUCAGUACCAUCGGUAGCUUUAGAUGCGACUGUGACAUUGGAUGGGAGGGAGGUAACUGCUCGAUUGAUAUUGACGAAUGUACAAAUGCAUAUAACUGUGAAGAACACCAGCACUGUGUCAAUAGUAUCGGUACCUAUAUGUGCAUAGAAUAUAUCAUGGAUACAUCGACAAGGUAUACAAGUACAAACUACCAAUAUCAAUCUUUAGUUACAGCAUCAAAUGGAUUCAGACCUUCUUCUGUAAAUAACGCAAAAAAUCUCGACAGUGGCGUUAUGAAAAUCGUACAGAGUUCUGCAAAUGUGAAGGGAAAUUCAGGCGACCAGCAAGAAAUUAACCUUGAUGUUGUUCUUGGCUCAGUAUUCGGAACCGUGGCCUUCAUUUCCGGAUUUUUAGUUGCAUUGGUUGCAUAUAGAAAAUGCAGGUAA